UUUUUUUUCCUUUUUAUUUCUUUCUCUUGGUAAGAAACCCGAAGGCUGUGACAGGAGCAGGCACUAGAUACACAUUCUCGUUGCUCUCCGAGUCUUGGUUUCGCAGACACUACGCGUCUGUGGGGCGUGUGCAGGGAGGGCUGUGGGUCCUGGGGCUGAGGCGACUCGGAGUCCCCUCCAGUCAGCUUCCAGCGGUCGCUUCUAGGUCUGGGAGUAGUGACCCUCCUGCUCCUAGCAGAGAGAGCUGUUGUCGAAUAUUUAACCCUGUCACGUAGUCGGGAUUCAGGGUAGCCUGCAAAUCCUGCAGGAACUCCAAGUCCCUCCCCCUACACGUUUGCUGGGCGGAGCCUAAGAGGGAGCCCUCUUCUUCGACCUGGGCCAGAGACCUCAGCAGAGCUGGAACUGAGAACUUCCAGAUGAAUUUUAAAAUUGAACACACUUGGGAUGGUUUUCCAGUGCGGCAUGAGCCAGUGUGUGUCAAGCUGAGUCCAGAGGACAAGGGAGUGAAAUUGGAGGUCUGUGCUCCAUUUUUCAAUGACCCUCCAGCUCCUCCUGGAGAACCAGGAAUGCCUUUCAGUGAACUGUGGAAUUAUGAAGUUGUGGAAGCAUUUUUCUUGAAUGAUACAACUGAGCAGUAUUUAGAAGUUGAACUUUGUCCAAUUUCCUUUGGAGAUGUGACAUUGGUGCCUGAACAAAUGGUAGAAAGCUGGAAAACAGAUGGCAGACUGUUCAAGAAAGAGCUCACGUUAUCAUUCAAAGUGUUCAGGAGAGAGACAAACUGGGAAGGCAUAGCUUUUCUUCCUUGGAGUUAUUUUCCACCAAAGGUGACAAAAUUCAACUCAUUUGCAAUUCAUGGAUCAAAUGACAGAAGAAGUUACGAGGCCCUUUACCCUGUGCCACAGCAUGAACUGCAACAAGGCCAAAAACCUGAUUUCCAUCGUCUAGAAUAUUUCGAGCCUUUCAAUUUUAACACACUGCUUGGAGAAGAAUGGAAGCAGCCAGAGUCAGGCUUGUGGCUAAUAGAGAGACCUGAUAUGUCGGAGUAGAUAAGCAACUAUGUCAAUCAUUUCUCCUCUGUACUUCUUAAGAUUUAGUAUCGGGGAAAUGGCCAUAUGAAGACAAGCUACCUUUUUGGAACCCACUACCUAUGGUGGGACACAUUGCACAGACUUAAUGCAGGGGGAAGUGCUUGGACCUGCCUCAACUGAAUGUACCAGGCUCUGCUGAUUCCACAUGAGAAGCCUUACCUUUUUGGAGGAAGGAG